UCAUCUAAUCUAGAGUUAGGUCAAAGUGCCAAACAUUCCAUAUCUAGUUCUAACUUCCGAAUUUCCGAUGCUACAUUACCUCUUCUUCACAUCUAUGAUCGAUCAUACCAGUUCUUCACUCUAGCUCACACUCACGUCUCGAUCUUCUCCUCUCAAUCGCCAUGGAUAGACUUCAUAAACAACAGGUUUCUCUUCGAGGAGCGAGUGCGAAGGAGAUCACUCGAGAUGCGUUACUUGAGAAGGUUGCACAGGAGAGGGAGUUUCGCAAUUACAUGCGGCGUGCUACUGCUGCUUCACUUUUUAUUCAGAGGGUUUGGAGGCGUUAUAUUUUGAUGAAGAUGACAGCUGUACAUAUCCGAGACGAGUGGCAGGAGAUGGUUAAAUGUUAUUCAGUUCCCACGAGUAGAGUCUGGAUUUCCAACGACCUGUUGAGACCGUUUCUUUUCUUUGUUACAACUUUAGCAACUCGAGGUCGGAGAUUUGCGGAUAGAGAUGUAGAGUGUAUGCAGAUUUGCUUCAAAAUUCUUCUGGAGAGCAUAAACUCCAGUGAUCCACAGAGAAACUUUUGUACUCCUGCCACAUCUAGCAUCGAAGAGCGAAGAACAUGGAGAUAUCAAGCAAAGAAAUUGAUUUCCCUGUGUUUACUCAUUCUCUCUGAAUGUGAUUACUCAGAUAAAGAAGGAAACCAACAUAUCGUUCUUACAUCUAUGGCAAUGCGGUUUGUCGUUAGCUUGACCGAUCUAAAAACUUGGAAAGCCCAUAACGAUAUAACCUUGAAAGAUGCAGAUACAGCAGUCAAAGAUCUAGUUUGUUACAUGUGCAGUGAGAAAAUUCAACUUUACAUUUCCAUCAGAAAGUACCUUAGUAGAUUGGAAGUUCCUUUUUCGUCAAAACCGAAAACAGUUGGUCAUACCGAUGAUAGAUUCUUGAUUACUGCAAGUGCGAUAACUUUGGCACUAAGACCGUUUAAUAAUGACAACAUGAAUUUGCAGUUUGCUGCUGAACAGUACUGUGUGCUUCUGCUCACAAUUCCAUGGUUUACUCAACGUCUGCCAGCUGUGCUGUUGUCUGCUAUAAAACAUAAAUCUAUCUUAUCGCCUUGCUUCAGGGAAAUAUUGAUAUCAAAAGAGAGGGUAUUAAAAGAGAUCUCAAAUUUGAAUAAUAUGGAACAGAGUUCAAGUACAAAAACGUUGCCACCUGUCGGUUGGGCACUUGCAAACAUCUUUUGUCUUGCAACAGUGGCAGACAGCAAUUCAAACAAUUCCGGAAGGUUCACUCAAGAUCUAGAUUUUUCAUCUUUCAUUCGGGUUGUUAUCGUUUUCGCUGAAAACCUAUUAACUUACUUCGAGGAAGUUGAAUGGACCCAAAUUAAUAGCGAGUCGUUGAUUGAAUUAGCCCAGAAACAGUCAAAUAUAUUAUACACAGAUUUACUGAAGCCCGUUUGUCAACAAUGGCAUUUGAUGAAGCUGUUGACCUUGGUCAAAGAUCCAUCCAUUCAGAAAGCUGACGAGAAGUGUGAAUUAACAGACGUUGCUUAUUAUUAUUCUUGUAUGCUUAGAAUAUUCACCAUCCUUAAUCCAGUGACCGGAUCAAUGCAUAUUCUCAAUAUGCUCUCAUUUACACCUGGAUUUCUUUUAAAUCUGUGGGGCCCGCUUGAAAAGUCAUUUUUCUCUAAAUUAAGUUCCGUAUCCGGGACUAACUUUUCCAAUAAUAAUAAUAGUAACGCUAUUGAAGACUUGAGGGAUGGGAUUUCUAAGAAGAAGAAAAAGUGGGUCAACGUGUUAAAUAAAAUAACGGGAAAAUCGCAAGGAGACGUUGAACAGAUAGAGUCUGUUACUGUUAGCAACGUCGGUACUCAAAUUGGGGAUGACCCGUCUGAUGUAUGGGAUAUUGAGCCUUUGAGGAAGGGUCCUGACGGUUUAACCGCUGAUGAUACUCAUCUAAUCCAUCUCUUUUGUGCUACUUAUUCGCACUUGUUGCUCGUUGUUGAUGACAUAGAGUUCUAUGAGAAACAGGUUCCAUUUACACUGGAGCAGCAACGCAGAAUUGCAUCGAUGCUGAAUACGUUAGUUUACAAUGCUCUGUCUAAUAAUGUUUCCCGCCAAAAUCGUCCUCUUAUGGAUGCUGCUGUUCGGUGUCUACAUUUGUUGUAUGAAAGGGAUUGUAGGCACCAGUUUUGCCCCCCUGAUUUGUGGCUUUCUCCAGCUAAAAGGAACAGGCCGCCGAUUGCUGUUGCGGCAAGAACUCAUGAAGUUAUGUCGGCUAAUUUAAGACCUGAUGAUUCAUUGACGAUUUCAAGCAUGCACUCUGUUAUCACUACCACCCCACAUGUUUUUCCUUUUGAAGAGAGAGUUCAGAUGUUUAGAGAACUUAUCAGCAUGGACAAAGCAUCUAGGAGAAUGGCUGGUGAAAUUGUGGGUCCCGGUCCGCAAGCCGUUGAGGUAGUAAUUCGGCGUAGUCAUAUUGUUGAAGAUGGAUUCCAGCAACUAAAUUCUCUCGGGUCAAGAUUAAAGUCUAGCAUCCAUGUCUCAUUUGUUAGUGAAACUGGUCUCCCUGAGGCUGGACUAGACUACGGUGGUUUAUCAAAAGAAUUUCUAACUGACAUCGCAAAAGCCGCUUUUUCCCCCGAUUAUGGUUUAUUCACACAGACCUCAACUUCAGACAGACUUCUAAUUCCAAACUCGGCUGCAAGAUUAUUGGAUAAUGCCAUACAAAAGAUAGAGUUUCUUGGAAGAGUUGUUGGCAAAGCACUCUAUGAAGGAAUAUUACUAGAUUAUUCUUUCUCACAUGUUUUUGUACAAAAGCUGCUAGGUCGCUACAGCUUUAUUGAUGAGCUGUCAACACUAGAUCCGGAACUUUACAAGAACCUUAUGUAUGUUAAGCAUUAUGACGGCGAUGUCAAGGAUUUGUCACUAGAUUUUACAGUUACUGAAGAAUUACCUGGGAAACGACAUGUUGUAGAACUUAAAGCUGGUGGUAAGGAUGUCAGUGUAACAAAUGAUAACAAGUUGCAAUACAUAUAUGCUAUGGCAGAUUAUAAACUUAACCGACAGGUGUUGCCACUUUCAAAUGCCUUUUGUAGAGGAUUAACGGAUCUUAUAUCCCCGUCUUGGUUGAGAUUGUUUAAUGCCGGUGAAUUCAAUCAGCUUCUUUCUGGUGGCAAUCAUGACAUUGAUGUUGAUGAUUUGAGGAGUAAUACACGGUACACCGGCGGUUACACUGAAGGAAGUCGCACAGUAAAGCUCUUCUGGGAGGUUAUUAGAGAGUUUGAGCCAAAAGAACGUUGUAUGCUCAUGAAGUUUGUGACAAGUUGUUCCCGGGCUCCAUUGCUUGGCUUUAAACACCUGCAGCCAAGUUUUACCAUUCACAAGGUUGCAUGUGAUUUACCUCUUUGGGCCUCGUUUGGAGGACAAGAUGUGGACCGUCUUCCGUCAGCUUCAACAUGCUAUAAUACUCUUAAGCUUCCGACUUACAAAAGGUCAAGCACGUUGAGAACAAAGCUACUAUAUGCCAUCAAUUCCAAUGCAGGAUUUGAACUUUCAUAAAUAUUCAAAACAGUAUGUGCAUAGGACAAGAUAUCUGAAAGUUCAAAUCUCAUGCUGAUGUAAAGACGGCUAUUUCCCUCUAUAUCGAGAAUUGUAUAAUUUGCGUUGCGCUGUAAAUAAUAUCACAACUUUUUGUAGAAGUUCAUCUAAACAAGAACUAGCAGAAAACCUGAUCUGUACUUUCAUACAUUGGCUGGUGUGUUUUGUCAUUGGUUGCUUAAUCACAUAUCUUUUUGGGUUUUCA